GACUUGACGUCGCUACGUAGCAACCGUUAUCGAUGCACACCACUCUUGCAUAAGAUAUGUAAAAAUGCAUUAUCAUUUUCGAAACGUUGCAAUGAACUGUGAUUAAGCAAUGGACAAGCGAAAUAGAGGACAGUCGAAAGCAAAUUGCCAUAUCAUAAAGCGAGCAAAUAUGACUUGUAAAGGAAAACCCCCGGAUACGCCGCUCGGAAAUAUAGCUGGCUUCAAACCGGUACUUUUUAAAGCGCUCAGCAAUUUUUCAUUGUUAAACUACGUUCUACGUGUCAUACACAAACGAGGCGACAAGAAUUAUCUUGCGCUUUUGACGGCGAAGACUGUAUUCAUGCAAACAUUUAAUACAUGUAGGCCCAUUCAACUUAAAAUGCCUUCUUCCAAUACAAACAAUUCGGCUCUUAAGAACGACACUGACUUUGACAACGACCAUCAAUCUCCUGCUAAUGAUUUUAAGAAGUAUGGUACCAUUGAGCACACGAAAAUCAUACGUCGCGAAAACGCGUUAAGGCGCAAAAGAUUGACAGAAAUUAUCAACAAAACUAGCGUACAAGCCAUUGAACUUGUUGACAAAUUAGAUACAAGAGCUAGCGAACAUCCGAACGACAUUGAAAUCUCUGCGGCGUACUCGUUGAGCUCUGUGAUUCUUACGCCAUACGAGAGACGUCUGUCGGAACAGCGGGACCACCCAAAACAUCUGCAGUCAGCGCCAUCUCAGCACACAUUUAAUGUUUUCCAAAAAGAAAAUGUUCAAUUCCACACUGAGCAAAGAAGUAGUAAAAGGCGUUGUCUUUCUUCAAUUUCAACACAUGCUCAUGGCGACACUUACAGCCUUUCUAAUGACGAGAGCGAGUUUGGAGACGCCAAGACGGAUAUAAAAGCAGCUGAUAAAAUUCAGCAUACAGAGAGGCCAAUAAAACAAAAGACUGAUAUGGACGUGAGAAAGAUCAGCUACAGACGACUGGCGUCGUGUCUGUUCAUGCCAUUCUGCAGACGAUAUCGUCUCGAAAUAUUCGUUGAAGAUGAAGAGAAUGAAUGCUUGACACCGCCGUUUAGAGCCAACGAAUCAAAUUGUCAAGCGGAUGAAAGUCUUCUGAAGAUGCGAACAAGACGUGGCGGGAUUGAUUUGACAUGCGAAAGCAAACGCCCAAAGAAGGGUUUAAGAACUGAUGAGGAAAAAAUUCAAUUCGGAAAUGAAGCCAGAAGCAAUGAAAAUCUAAUCGGGGUAAAAGAAACACAAAUGCGCUCUGACUGCUUUGAUGUAAAUACGCCGCCUCACAUGAACACGCGUGAAGAAGUCGAGUCGCAUACGUUUUCAACACAGAUGAGAAACACGCUUAGCGACAAUGAAAAAGACAAUAUUGAUGUUGACGAUCAUGCUGGUCGUACUAAGGAUUCGAACACGCAGCAGACAGAAGAGUCCGACAUUUCGGACUCAGAAAUCGAACCACAUGACGGUGCGAUUUUGUUUGACGUGGACCCCAAGAAGUACGGAUCCCUACAGCAUAUGAAGCAGAUAAGGAAGCAGAACAAAAUGAUGCAGGUGCGUCUACAGUCAGUCUCACACAGAAAGAACAUCUACGUAAAUCCACGCGGUACCUCGCCCGAGAGAGGUUUACGAAACCGACUGAUUUUUGCAAAGAUGCGCAAGUGUGUGGCGGACAAGUCUGCGAUUUUGCACCAUGGAGAUUCCACUUCUUGUAGCGUGACACAACACGGCGUUCCUCCGAAGACUGAUGUUACCAAUGCAGAUUUAACAGCGGCGCAUGAUAGUGGCGAACAGAUAAUGCCAGUUAACAGAAUUACAAAUAUUGGGAAAACUAAUGCGAGGAUAAAAAGUUCAAAACCAACGAACGCCGAAGCGUUAUGUCAAUCGCAUAUGAAUGACUCAAAUAAAAAGCAUCCAUCUUACUCCCCGAAAACACUUCUGAGACAAAGAAUCAAGAGCGCAAAACAAUAUGGAUCGGUUGCACACUACCAGAAGGUGAAAGAGGUGAACGCGUCGAUAAAGUCACGUGUCCAGAACGCCGCAACGAAGCUCCAGACGUGGCAACCAGUGGAAAAGAUGGAAUCCUUAACCAGUAACAUGUCAUCACAACUCGCAGACGGUACCACAGCGGGCAAACAAAAUUUGAAAUCAUGGAAACUAACGUCUCAAACGUUUUCGUUGAAUGGUAUGAAACGGCACUACCAGCAAGACCACUCGUCUGGGCAGUCGGAAUUCGAUGAUAACAAGAACAGGAAAACAAGAGCUCACCCUAACGUUACAGCCGGAUUACGCGAAACCACAAAAGAGAGAAGACAUACCGACAAGCUGUAACAUUGAAUUAUGUGAUGUGUUACAUCAAUAUUUAGUUUCUAAUAACGAAACUAUUGAUCAUCGUUAGAUAAUGUAAUGGCUUUGGUAGUUGCAUUAUUAAAUACUGAAUUUGCAAA